GAUGUAAUAAGUUUAAAAUAAAUGACUUCAUACGAAGUAGUAAAUGGAAAUAAAAGAUCCAAUUUAAGGAAAUGGAUAUUUGGGAUUCUUGCUGUAGCAAUUGUUAUCAUAAUUAUAAUUGUCAUUGCAGUUGUAGUAAAAAAAAAAACACGCCAUCAUAAAGACCCAUCCAAAUUAUUUCAAGCAAAUGAGUAUGACCAUGCAGCUGUGGCCGCUGAUAGCCGUUUAUGUUCAGAAAUUGGAGUUGACAUCUUAAAGAAAAAUGGAAGUGCUGUUGAUAGUGCAAUUGCAACAACUUUGUGUCUUUGUGUUGUACAAGUUCAUUCGACAGGUAUUGGAGGAGGUGGCUUUAUGGUUGUGUAUGAGAGAGCUAAAAAAAAGUUUUUUGUUUACGAUUUUAGAGAAUCUGCACCUGCAGGAGCAACAGAAUCUAUGUUUGUUAAUCAACCAAGUUUAUCUCUGUAUGGUGGUAUGGCAGUAGGAAUUCCUGGAAUGAUAAAGGGACUUUUAUCAGCUCAUGCAAAUCAUGGACAUUUAAAAUGGUCAGAAUUAGUUCAGCCUUCUUUAAAACUUGCAAUUGAAGGAUUUCCUUUGCCUAAAUUAUUAGAAGAAAGUUGGAAAAAGACAUUAAAAAAGCCUAAUAUAUCUCAAGCUUUAAAAGACUUAUUUACAAGGAGCGAUGGCAAGUGGUUAGAAGAAGGAGAUUUAUUUGUAAAUAAAGCUCUGGGUAAAACACUUUCUAUUAUAAAAGAUAAUCCAAAAGAUUUUUAUGAAGGCGAUCUUGCUAAACAGAUUGUUAAAGAUAUUCAAAAUGGAAUUAUUACUCUUGAUGACUUGAAGAAUUACACAGUAAAAACUCCGGAGAUUUUAUCCCUCAAAUUGCAGAAAGAUAACUUGACUUUAAACACAAUGGGUCUUCCAAGCGGUGGUCCUGUGCUUGCUAUGAUUACAAAUAUUAUUUCAGGUUAUGACUUAUCAAAGGUGGAUUUUUCAAAUCAUGAAAGUCAGACUGCUUUUUACCACAAGUUGAUUGAGUCAAUGAAAUUCGGUUAUGCUCAACGAGGUUUACUUGGUGAUGCAGAUUUUUUACCCACAGAAAAUAUUACCAAAGUUUUAUCAUUGAUGUUAAACUCUACAAUAGCUUCAAAUAUUCGUCAAAAUAAAAUUUGGUUAAACAGCACUCAUCCGCCAUCUUAUUAUGGUGGAUCUUUUGGUAAAGAUGACUUUGGAACAACUCAUUUAUCAGUGCUUGCAGAAAAUGGGGACGCUGUAUCAUGCACAAAUACAAUAAACACUUCCUUUGGGUCAUUGUUGCUCUCUAACAUUACAGGUAUUUUGUAUAACAAUGAAAUGGAUGACUUUUCCACACCAGGGGUGCCAAAUGCAUAUGGUUAUCCACCUUCUGCAGCUAAUUUUAUUCAUCCAGGUAAGCGUCCUCUUUCUUCAAUGUCUCCAUCUAUUAUUACAGAUGGUAAUGGUGAUGUAAAGAUGGUUGUAGGGGCAUCUGGUGGAUCUCAAAUAAUUUCUGCAGUAUUGCAGGUAUUGCUACGAAAAAUAUUCUUUAAUCAAGAGCUGGGUUUUGCGGUAGAUGGCUUUAGGUUACAUGACCAAGGUGUUCCCAACGAAAUUUUGUACGACACACCUCCUAAACACUUGCUUGAUGGAUUACGAGAACUUGGUCAUAAGUCUAAAUCUGGUUUGUAUAAUGUUGUGCAAGCCAUUUACAAGGACAAAGGAAAAAUUUAUGCGGCUUCUGAUCCUCGAAAAGGUGGAUUGCCUGGGGGUUAUUAAAAAGAUCAAGCAAACUAACUAAUUAAGUCAAUGCCUAAUAAAUAAUAAAUAUGCUAUUUAUACCAGUUUCCAAUUUCUAGCAUGUUUUUUAUCGUGCAGUUUGUUAGUUUUUUUGUUUUUCAUUAUUAUUAUAAUUAUUAUGCUAUACAAUAUUUAAUUUAUUAUCACAAUUAGCUAAUAUAAUUUUUUUUUUUUUUUUAAUUUCAUUUUAUUAAAAAUAUUCGCUUUUGUCCGACUUCAUGUUAGAUUUUUUUUAGAUUAGACUUCAUGUUAAGGUCAUUUUAGGUUAACCUUCGCUUUAGGUUUUUUAAGACUUUAUAUUAGUAAUUUUAACUAGUUUUUAAUUGUUAAUUCAUAGAACGCUAAUGCUAUAAAGUAUAAUUUAUUAUUUAAAAAUUUUCAUAGCAGAACGCUGAUGAAAAACAUUUUCAUAUAGAACACUAAUGUUGUAUUUAAAACAUUUUAAUAUAUUAGUUUAAUACAGCUGCAUGUAGUUUUUCAUGAUAUCUCGUUUAUAUUUGAGAAAUAUAUUAUAAUUAUAUUGCUA